CACUGUGGCUUUAAACUCGCACAUUAGGAACAAGGUGAUACGUUGUUAAGUCAUCGUCGGUCCUCGUGCUUGAAAUGUGCUAGUGCUGCGAGUGCGCGUUGACGUUAAUAACAUCGACACUGCAACUGAAAACCGCGUUUCCGUGUAAACACCGUCAAAAGAAACCGGUAUUCAAAAUGAUGUUUAAAUACAUGUGUUUGGUUUUGUUCAUAACGUGGUAUCAGUUAGCUGAAUGCCACCCUGCAAGCUCCAACGUCAAGGCGAUGGAUUCCAUGAUUGAAAAGGAAUCGGAAGCAUUUUUAUCUGUUGAAGCAGAAGACUCUAGUCAUAAAAAUGUCAGAGACAAACGGACGAUCGGCUUCUUAAGGCAGCUGUUUCCAAAUCUAUCUCAGAUAGUUGACCGAAAGAUCCAACAAAUCACGCGAUUCGUAUUCCGCGUGAUCGGCAGGUUGGUGCUCCGGGGCGGCGGAGCUGGUGCCGGUGCGGGUGGCACCGCCACCACUGGCGGUACCGGUGGUGAAUCCGGUAGCAAUGGUGGCCGGCGGAUAUCGAUCACGUUACCCACGUUCCCACCGUCCACGGACGACGAGGACGAAGAUACAGCGACGGUCCUGCCGACGGCUGACACGUCGUCCUCGCCGUCAUCAGACUCUGACCCGGCUGCAUCGAGAGUACAGGAGCCGGCUUCAUCUGAGGCGACCGCCACUGAUUCUGCGCCAGCCGCGGCUGCUGACUCAGCCGUAGCGGCUGAUUCAGCCUCUGAAGUUACGGUCACUACCGCCGAACCAGCGGCUAUCUCUGCCCCGGUCACCACCGCCGCAACGGUCACCACCACCGCCGCCGAAGCCGCCCCAGUAACCAACGCCGCUCCGGCCGCCGGAUCAGUAUCCACCACCACCGUCGCCGCCGCUGCUGCCGCCGCUGCAACUGCCACCGCCAACGCAAUCAGCUCGCCAACCACUCAAAUGCCAUUGGACUCAGACAACACAGUGGGCACCGGCAUUGUAAAGAGGACAGCAAGGGAAGUUUCAACAAACGAACCAAGCUCAACGAAAAAACGGUCACCGCUCACAGACACUGAUAACGACGUGUCAUCUGAUAACGCUUUGUCGUCGAACGCCGGCGACGACGCCCAAGCCGAGACGGUCGCGGAAGAAGACCCCAGGAACAAACGGUUCUUAUUCAACCUGCGAGGAGGAGCCGGCGGUGGAUCCGGCAACUUUUUAUUCGACUUGAUCCGAUUGGUGGCUGGAAGUGGGGCAAACCAAGACAGAGACGAGUCGGCCGACUCGGUACCGGCUGAAGCAGGCGAAGCCCAAGAGGUGCACGCGGACGUGAAUGCCAAGGAAGACGGAUAUAGUGUCGGCGUACCCGGACCACUGACGAGAAUAUUCGUAAUCGCCAACAGGGGAGUGGCCAAUUUGGUCCAAGACUUGAUACUGAGAUUGGCCCAGACCACCGAACGGAUAGUGAACUUCAAAGCCAGAUUAAUUACAUCCCUCAUCUAAGCAAAUAUUCAAGUUUGUGUAGUAAAAUGUUAUUUAUUACCUGCAAGCGGCGUAUUUUAGUCAUGACUUAUAAGAUUAAAUCUUAACUUAACGUUUGUUUGCACAACCAUAAACGAUAAACCUACGUCGAGUUUUUUUUUAUAAUUGACACGAUUUUUUUGAACUACGUGUAUAAUUAUUCCCAAUUUGUGUUUUAUGCAUCAAUCACGUCGUGAUGCGCACACUCACGCAUACACACUCAUAUACAAAUACACAUUCAAAUAUUUUACAACCAAAUCAAAAUUUACUAAAAUAGCCAGCAGAUUUUAUUUUUAUUUUAUUUUUUCGUAAGCGUUCUGUCAACACGAUUUAAACAUUAUAUUAUGUCGAUAACGAUGUCCAUACCCCUGUACAAUCCAUAACUGAUUUUAAUAUUCUAACUUUUGCAAAAUACGUGCCAAAAUACAAAAUAUAAUUUUAAAAUCAUCAGACCAUUACGAUACGUCAUCACCCGCGAUCACCAAUUUUUAAUUAAGUAUACCUACGUCGUGUACUAAUAUCAAUAUUCGUGUUCUUAAUGAUUUAAUCGGCAUGUUAUAUAUUAUUAUUAGAUAUACAGUGUACCUACUGCUGGUGGUUAUCGACAUUAAAACACUGAAUUCAGACUAUUGUAGUAAUUUAAUUAAUCAAUUAAAAAUUAUAAUCAAAAUUAUGUAGGUACUCCAUUUAUAAUUAUAAUUAGUAGUAGGUAAAAACUGUAAAAAAAUUAUCAUAUAAAUACUUAUUUUCCAUGUAGUAUAUUAUUUUUAUUUAUUAGACCCAUGAAAUACCUAUGUGAAAACUUGUCCACUGUAUAAAAUAAUAUUGGUAUCAUUUUUUUUUUACAUAUUAUAUAGGGUUUAGGUAGUUUUUUUCUUGUAUUUGUAAGUUACAAACAAAAUAAAUAAUUGCUCAACAAUUUUGUUUAUGUAUAAUAUAUUACAUAACGCAUAAUAUGUUAUAAUAAUACGUAAGGGUAUCAUCUUAUUUUAAUUAUAAACACAUAUCAUCCAUGUUAAUAUAAUUUACCCAUAUACUCAUUACUCAUAUUAUAAUAUUGUAUACUAAAUAAUAUAUUAUGUCCUUCGAUUCUCUUCAUAAAAAUAUGUCUUCGUGGGUUGUUCUCCUACAUAAGUAAUAUCGUAUUAUAAAGUCUACUGCGCCAUAUUGUAGACUAUACAUUAUUAUACUUAUACCUAACAUUUAAUAUUAUAUAUAAUCGCAUGGUGUAUAGUUAGUUGCCCAAUACCUGUAAUAUUUAAUGCAGUACACUCAGGACCUAUGUCACAAUAAUAAAAAGUACCUAACGUGCUCAUGUCAGAUCUAAGAACGAAAAACGUAAAGCAUCGAAGCUCUUUUAUAAACGUACAUAGGUAAUUCCUUCUUUCAUUUAUUUAUUUUCAUAAUUUUUUUAUUAUUAUCUUUUUUUUUCAAAAAUAUCGUAACCAUGCUUAAAACAUGUCACAGUACGUAAUCAUAGCUAUGCGGUUAAUAAUUAUUAUACCUACCUACCAUAUAUUAUACCAGGUAAUAGGUAUCAUGCGUAUAUGAAAUUAUCCGCCUAUUGUUGAACCAUUGGUACAAUAUAACAAUAUCAUCAAUAAUAGUAAUAAUAAUAAUAAUAAUAACAAUAAUAAAAACAAUAACAUAAUAUUGCAUACUAUUAUUAUCAUCAGCUGUCUAGCUAUCGGUAGUAAUAAUAGUAUGUUAGGUUAUACCAAAAUAAACAGCUCCCAGAUUUACGCAUUAUGGGAUGUUUCCACCAAAAGCGAUUGAGGUUCGAUUCCCGUUUCUGCCAAAAUAUCAAUUUUUGUAAAUACAUUUCUGCUAAUAUUGUUUAAUAACCAUGUAGAUAUAAGUGCAAAAAUUUAACAGUAGAAAAUUGAUUGCAUAUAAUUAUUAAAAUAAAACUUAAAAUAUUAUAGUAAAGUAGGUAAGUACUUACAUAUUAGAUAGAUUCAAAUGUUCAAUAUAUAGUAACAUUUCACAAAAAUAUAAAUUAUACUAGUAAAUUAUCAUAUUUCUUUAAAAAUCACAUUAUUAAAAGAAAUUGUUUUACCAAAGGUGUACCUAUACUAGUUUCAUUUGACUCUUGUAUUUUAAAUUGAAUUUUAAGUAUUGUACUUGACAUAUAUUAUGACCUACAUAAAAAUGGUUUUCAAAAUAUUUUUGGCAGAAACGGGUAUCUUCCGGUAAAACAAUAAUAUAAAAUGACACGUCUCCGACUCUUGGUUCGUCUAGAAUCUAUAUUAUAAAUGUUGAAGCAGGGGAUAUUAUUAAUAACAAUAACAAUAAUAUAAACAUUAUUUCAAUCGUUGAUCGAUCAGACGACAAUCGAUUAAAACAUCAGACACAUAACGAACUGAAGACGAGUACCUACUAACUUUAUUAUACCCGUCUAUUGCGUUAAAAUCAAAAUAAUUAUCGGACGUCCGCGUAUAAGGACGAUGGACUUUUGUUUUCGUGGACGUGCAGGUGACCAGUGACGUAUGGUCCACGGGUGGUGGUUUAGGGGGUUCAGACUACUGCUCCUCGUUGAGUUUGUUUUUUAAACAUCUUCACAGCUCUAACACGCAUAUUCAUUAUUCAUACAUCACCAGGUAUUCAGUUUAAAAUAAGUUUCAUAUAAAGUAGUCUUCACCUGCCAUGUCCAUUUCCUGCAGUACAAUAUAAUAUUGUUUUGAUUUUUAAAAUGUAUUGUCAUUAAUAUAUCCCGGUUGAUAACAUGUUCAUUUCCAUCGAUUUAGCUCCGUGCCAUGAAAUUAUACCUAAAAUUCUUAUUUUUAUUUGCGUUUGAUCCUCGGAUAUUAUAUUAUAAUAAUGAGACGGAUACAUAAUGACAUCUUACCUACUUAGACACAAUUAUAAUGCAUUUUGUGUGCGUAUGUAUUAUAUAAUAUUAUAAUACUGCUGGUUCAGUCGUAUUUAAAUUUCCGGAUAUUAUAAUAUUAUGUAGAUAUAUUAUUGUAUUUCACUUAAUUAAGCUAUAAAUCUGUAUGUUAUUAAAUCAUGAUCAUUAUAUUAUUAUUAUUAUUAUUAUUA